CCUGGAGGUCUGCACCAUGGGUGUAGUUGUCAUUCUGACCAAUAGUGUGCGCCAUCUCUGGAGGUUGCCACCGGGGUUGCAGUAUGGAUCCGGGCCGGUAGUGCGUGCCGUUUCUGGAGGACCGCAACAUAACAGUCGGCAGACACGAUGGUGCGGUGCGGCCGGUUGCGGUCCGGGGUGAAGCAGAAGUUGAACCGCUGGAAAAAGGGACACAGCAGCGAAUCGAACCCGCAGACUCACCGAUUUCGGGAGGCGGCGCGUAGUCGUUUCUUCAGUAGGCCGUCAGCGAACAGUGAUCUGACGGUAGAUGCGCUGAAACUGCACAAUGAACUCCAGACCAACAGCUUAUCUAUGGGCCCAAGGGCCUGUUCUUCAGAAGAGCCGAUUGCUGAGACAGAGGAUAAUGGCCUUACAGAGAAGACUUCUGGUACCUUCCUUAGUGGACUGUCUGACUGCAGCAACCUGACAUUCAGUCGAGUUCAACGCUUCUGGGAAUCCAAUUCUGCUGCCCAUAAAGAGAUUUGUGCCGUGUUGGCUGCUGUUACUGAAGUGAUUCGCUCUCAGGGUGGGAAGGAAACAGAAACAGAAUACUUUGCUGCCCUGAUGACGACAUUAGAAGCCGUGGAGUCUGAGGAGUCUGUUGCAGCCAUUGUGUAUCUGCUGAGCUUGGUAGUGAAGCGGGUGCCUGCUCCUGUCCUGAAGAAGAAGUUCUCAGACACAGCCAAAGUUUUUAUGAACCUUGUAUCCAUUCAGGCGAGUAAAGGAUCCCCGGUGGCCCUGCGAUGGACAGUCUCCUGCCUCUCCACUCUGCUGCGCCGACAAGAUCUGGAGAUGUGGAGCUUCCCUUCAACCCUCCAAGUUUACCACGGUCUACUCAGCUUCGCAAUACACGUGAAACCAAAGGUUCGAAAGGAGGCCCAACGGGGGAUCUGUUCCAUCCUCAAGGGAAGUGACUUCAUGUUUGGAGAUACAUCUCCAUCCCUUCACCCAGCUGCCCAGUCAACAGCCAAGUUCUGCAUCCAGGAAAUUGAGAAGUGUGGAGGCAGUACAGAGAAUGCUACCACACUGCACGUGUUGUGUUUGCUGAAAGAAGUCCUUCCAUGUUUCCCUGUUAGUUGUGUGAAGUCAUGCUGUGAGACUCUACUGCGAGUUAUGACACUCAGCAAUGUGAUGGUCACCGCCUGCUCGAUGCAAGCCUUUCACGGCCUCUUUGCUGCCAAACCAUGCUCAUCAACCUUGACAGCAGAACUCAAUGCACAGAUUAUAACCGCUUUGUAUGAUUACCUGCCAAGUGUAAACGACCUGCAGCCUAUGCUGGCCUGGCUCACAGUCAUGGAGAAAGCUCACAUCAACCUGUCCAGGUUGCAGGGUUUGCUGUCUUUGGCUCACCUUCCCCGUGUAUUCUCCACGGCUGUCAGUUGUCUCCUGUCUCCGCACACCCAGUUAAUGUCAGCUGCAGCAGACACCAUGAAGGUUCUGCUAAGAGAGUGUGUGACUCCAUUCACCUCUGACAUUGGAGUCUUUGGUUCAUCCUCCCCCUCGGGACCUGCCUCCUACAUAUGCAAGAUGUUCAGGGCUGUGGAGGAUGGUCUAGCCUAUCGGUUCUACGCAGCCUGGGCCUUUGUUCUUCAGGUUCUCAGCACAUUCUUCGAGGUCAUUGGCUCUCAGGCUUACCCAGCAAUGAAGCAGUGUCUGAAGACCCUCUGUGACCUACGAGCAACUCAGCAUUUCCCCUGCGUGGUGGAACUGGAGCAUGCAGUGGGAAUGGCAGUGGAAAAGAUGGGACCGGAAACUGUGUUGCAGGCUGUUCCUCUACAGAUUGAUGGCACUGAAGAGCAGUUUGAUUUUCCUCGGAGCUGGCUUAUCCCUGUGAUCCGAGACCAUGUCAAGCACACGCAGCUUGCGUUCUUCAACAAGUACUUCUUGCCUUUGGCAGCAAAACUAAAGAACAGAGCUCUGGAACUUGCUGAGGCUGGACAAUCCCUUGAAGCUAAAAUCUACGACACUUUGCAGUGGCAGAUCUGGACAAUGUUGCCUGGCUUCUGUACUAAACCCACAGACACAGCAGUGGCGUUUCAAAGUGUUGCAAGGACCCUGGGUAUGGCCAUCAGUGACCGGCCAGACCUGCGACCAACUGUCUGUCAAGCUCUCAGAGUCCUAAUCAGUAAAGGUUGCGAGAAUGAUACAGACCAAGCUGAAGUGAGUCGAUUUGCAAAGAAUUUCCUGCCAAUCCUGUUCAAUGUUUACUGCACACAGCCAGAGAAUGGAGAGAAUCCUGCCAACCGACUCCCAGUGCUGGACACAAUCAAAGCAUACUUGAGCAUUGCUGACCAACAGCUGGUGUGUGGAUUCCUGGAGAAGGCCAAAGAGAAGCUGGAGAAUUCCGAGAGUUCAGAAUUCACAAGAUUGUCAGUAAUGGAUCUGCUUGUGGCGAUGGCACCAUUGGUUGAUGAGGCCAGUAUGGGUCAUAUAUACCAGAUUAUUCUGUUGUUCCUGCAGAGCAAAGGCCACAGUAUGCAGAAGAAAGCCUAUAGAAUCCUUGAGGUUAUCUGUGGGGGCGAGCAGGAGCCAUGCAGACAGUUUGUUCACCAGCAUUUGGAGGAGUUGAAGGCGACGCUGCUGCAAUCCUUAAAGACCGCAGCGUCUCCUGCCAAAAGGCCAAGAUUGAAAUGUCUGAUUCAUAUUGUCAAAAAAUUGUCGGCAGAACAUCAGGACUUCAUCAUAGCACUAUUACCAGAGGUUAUAAUCUGCAUGAAAGAAGUUUCCAUUGGAGCACGCAGAAAUGGCUACACAUUGUUGGUGGAGAUUGGGCAAGCCUUUAUGAGGUUCCACAGUGAUCCACAGAUGGCUAUCAAAGAGUACCUGGCACUGGUUUAUGCUGGUUUAACCGGUUCUGUCACUAUGAUCAGCUGCACGGUUCUUGCACUCACUCGUCUGGUAUUCGAAUUCAAAGAUAAGAUGGAUGUUCCCACUAUUGAACAGUUACUGAAGAAUGUUUGCCUCCUGCUGCAGUCCAAGACACGGGAUGUGGUCAAGUCGGCUCUUAGCUUCAUCAAAGUUGUCCUGUUCAUCAUGGAUACAAGUGCCCUGGCUCAGCAGCUCCAGCUCCUGAUGGAGAGUAUUGGCAGUAUGCGGGAUGAUUCAAGACGACAUUUCCGUAUGAAGAUAAAGAACAUUUUUACAAAAUUUAUACGCAAGUUUGGGUUUGACAUGAUUGACAGCAUGGUUCCCGAGGAAUACCACAAGGUGCUUGUUAACAUUCGUAAAGCAGAGGCCCGGAACAAGAGACAGCGGGCUCGGAAACAAAAUGCAAGUGAGUUGGAGAGUGAAGAUGAGACUCCAAAACAGUCCAGGGACAGUAUCGAAGACAUUCUGGCUGAGACUGAUUCUGAAGAUGAGGGAAUUGAGGAAAAGAAAGCUUUGAAGAAGCAACCAGUACAAAAGAAGCCAGCAUGGCUGAAAGAAGGUGGAGAUGAUGAGCCCCUCAACUUCCUCGAUCCGCAAGUGUCACAGAGGGUGCUGGCAACUAACCCAGCGCUGAGGAAGAAAUCAAACAUCAAACAUGAUUACUCUGUGACACCAGAUGGCCGAUUGAUCAUCAGUGAAGGACCAAGAGAUGAACAAAUGAAUGACUCUGAGGAUGAAGCCAAUGAAAUCUUGGAAGAAGUUGGUGCAAAGAGUAAAGUUGGGCAAAAGCAAAGAUUCAAAAGUGCUGAUGGUGAUGAUAUGCAGGUUGACUGCAGCUACAAAGCUGGAGGUUCUGGGAUUCACAGGCCAAGACCUAUGAAAAAAAAUAAAGAUUAUGGUGCUGAAUACAGAGCGGUGAAAGGGCAAGGGGACAUGAAAAAGAAAGGAAAGCAUGAUCCCUUUGCUUAUGUUCCACUGAACAAGGCACAGCUAAACAGGAGGAAUAAAGCCAAGGUGAGUGGGCAAUUCAAGGGCCUCGUUAAGACCAAAGUUACCAGUCGCAAACUGCACAGGAAGAAAAAGACAAAGUGAUUGAAGAACAGUAGAUAUUUAGGACAGUGACUGAUUUGCUGCUAAUCUGUGUCUUCAUCAUGGGCUCAGAUUUGUAAAAACCUAAUUCUAUUUUCCUAUUAGAUGGAGUAGAAUUAAAUAUUAUCAGAAAAGUAUUUGUUGAAUUAUUUUUCAAGAAGCAGCAUUUGGCAUCCUGGCCACUGUAUUUGAGAGCUGAAGAUUCCCAGGAUGAUCAUUGGCCUGAUCCUGGUCCUCGCAACCCCUCAACAGUUCAUUGAUCUAUACAGGCUUUAUUCUCUUGCAACAGUCAUAUAUUUAGGUUGUGAGAUCGAGCAACCAGAACCAUUUCUAAGUAUCAUCUGAAAAUGAAAAUCUGUAGAUGCUGGAAAUCUGAAAUAAAAACAAAAAAUGCUACAAUAUUGAGCAAGGCAGGCAUCUGUGGAAAGAGUAAUUCAGUCUUUCACCAGAGUUGCUACUUAGUUCUGAUGAUAGUUCCAUAUCUGAAACAUUUGCUGUUUAAUUUUCCAUGCUGAAUGUUUCCAGGAUUCAUUCUCUGUCUGUCUAUCUCUUUGAUUCUGACUCUUUCUUCCCCAGCCCCUUUCUGACUUCAAUUCGUUCUCCUCUCCCUCCCCCGCCCCUCAGCAA